AUGUCGGACUCGCGGGUGCCGGUGACCGUCCUCACUGGAUUCCUGGGAUCUGGAAAGACCACGCUCUUAAACCACAUCCUCGCUGAUCCCAGCCACGGCCUCCGCUUCGCGAUCAUUGAGAAUGAGUUCGGGGAGGUGGGCGUGGACGAGAAGCUCAUUGCCAACAAGACCAGCUCAGAAGAGGAGGUCAUUGAGGUGAUGAACGGCUGCAUUUGUUGCACGGUGCGCAGCGACCUGGUGAGCGCCCUGAAGCGCAUGCACGGGAAAGUGAAGAAGUUCGAUGCGGUGCUCAUCGAAACCACCGGCAUGGCGGAUCCGGCUCCGGUGGCACAGACCUUCUUCGUGGAUGAGGAGAUCCAGGCCAAGUACCGCUUGGAUGGCAUCGUCACCAUGGUGGAUGCUGCCCACAUCGAGCAACACCUGGAUGAGGAGAAGCCGGAGGGCGCGGAGAACGAGUCGGUGGAGCAGCUGGCCUUUGCCGACCGCAUCAUCCUGAACAAGUGCGACUUGGUGGGAGGAACUGCAAAGACCGAGGUGGGUGAGAGGCAGCAGUGCCAAGAUGUGGAAGCUCCUCAGCCGGUUCCGGGGAGCUCGGUCAUUGAGGCAAAAGACAAGGAGGGGGCGCUCAGGAAGCUGGAGGCGAGGAUCCGAAACAUCAACGCAGGGGCCCCCAUCAUCCGAGCCGAGUUCUCCAAAGUGGAGCCCAAGCAGCUGCUGAUGCUGAAUGCCUUUGACUUGGACCGAGUGUUGACGAUGGACCCGGAGUUCUUGAAGGCAAGCCCCGAUGAUCACGUGCAUGAUGACUCCAUCUCCAGCGUGGCGUGGUCCGUCCCUGGCCUGGAGUUGAAUGUGAACUUCUUGGAACAGUGGAUCGGUGUCCUCCUCCGUGAGAUGGGCACGGACCUCUUCCGAUACAAGGGCGUGCUAGCAGUGAAGGGAUGUGAUCAGAAGUACGUGUUCCAGGGCGUCCACAUGCUCUUCAGCGGUGGCUUCACCUCAUCCAAGGAGGGCAAGUGGGCGCCCGGGGAGUCGCGCGAGUGCCGCUUCGUCUUCAUCGGGAAGCACAUCAAGCAGAAGCAUGGCCAGCGGCUGAAGGAAGAGUUCCUGGCUUGUGCUGCCGAGGAGGAGCUCCGCUUCAACAUCGGUGAGAUGGUUGAGGCCAGGGGCCCCAAUGGCUGGGCGCCUGCCAAGGUCAUCAAGCUCUGGGAUGAGGGAAAUCCCUACCGCUUGGAGAUCCAGGACAAGCGCAAGACCAAUGUCUGGGGGCCUUUUGACGAUGAGCGCUUCGUCAGGUACUCGGAGCUUGAAGGCGCCCUGUGGGCCCUGAUGCAGGGCUACGCUGGAUGGGACAACUCCUGGGAAUCCUGCGGCCAUGACCAUGGGAGCCACGGGCACCAGCGCUCGGGUCACUCGCACGGGCACAGCCAUGGGGCCCAUGGUGAGUGCGACGGCCACGGCCACGCAGCCCACGGCGACUGCGACGGCCACGGCGGCCAUGGUGGUCAUGGUGGUCAUGGCAGUCACGGCGGCCAUGGGGAUCAUGGAGAAUGUGACGGCCACAGCCACGGUGAGGAUUUCUUCGGCCAUGGCGGACGCGGGCAAGGGCAUGGCGCUUGGGGAGGCCACAGUCAUGGGGGCCACGAGUGCGACGGCCACGGCCAUGCCAAUGACUGGGCCAGCUUCGAGGGCUAUGGCAAAUGGGACGGAGGCUUCCAACCCAGCUGGGAGCCUCUGGGCAAGGGCGGGCACUUUGCCCCAUCACCAUACCCAGCGAAAGGCAUGGGGAAGAGCUGGGGCAAGGCCACGGCUACAGGCCUAAGGGCCUUUCCCAAUGACAACAAGGUGUGGAUUGCGGGCCUGCCUGGCAGCGCCUGGAAUGUGGACCUCAACAAGAGGCUGAAGACCCACAUGUCGCAAGCGGGUCAAUGCCUGUACGCGGAAGUUCUAAAGUCUGGGACCGCCGGCGCGGUGUUUCGCAACAAGCAGGACCAGCAGAACGCAAUCUGCAGCCUUCAGGGCUCCAAUUUCGAAGGCUACAUCUUGCAACUCGACACGUGGGGCAAGGCCUAUUGCAUGUUCUGGCCCGUAAUCAAGAGCCUGCUUCCCAAUUCCAACCGGCAUCUGCUGGAGAAUUGGGCGUCCGUGACAUACAUGGACCGUAGUGAUCCCAGCAACAAGGCGGGUGCCGAAGAAGGCCUCUCUGCCACUGGUCACAUUCUGCUCAGCCAAAACAGGGCUUUGACUGCCAUGGGCUGUUGUGCGCCAUGCGGCACGGGAAUCUCACAGUAUCUCACCCAGAAGCAGCGAUGCUCCUCAGAGGGGCACAAGCAGGAGCCCGCAGAGAGUUCGAAGGUAGCAGUGGCCGAGGCACUAGCAAGAUCUCUUGAGAAGAAUGACAGCAUUACCACGAUCAGCCUUUCUGGCAAUCAGAUCGGUGUUGACGGUGCGCAGGCACUAGCAAGAGCGCUGGAGACGAAUAGCACCGUCACCACGAUCCUCCUUAAUGGCAACAAGAUCGGUGAUGACGGUGCGCAGGCACUCGCAAGAGCGCUGGAGACGAAUAGCACUGUCACGAAGAUCGACCUCGCUUUCAAUACGAUCGGUCAUGAGGGUGCGCAGGCACUCGCGAGAGCUCUUGAGAAGAAUAGCACCAUGACCACGAUCGACCUUGGUGGCAAUCAGAUCGGUGAUGAAGGUGCACAGGCACUAGCAAGAGCGCUUGAGCAGAACAGCACCAUCACCACGAUCAGCUUUUCUGGCAAUCAGAUCGGUGUUGACGGUGUGCAGGCAAUAGCGAGAGCGCUUGAGAAGAAUAGCACCGUCACCACAAUCGACCUUAGUUUCAAUACGAUCGGUGUUGACGGCGGGCAGGCACUCGCAAGAGCCCUGGGCAAGAACAGCGCUGUCACCACGGUCACCCUUGAUUGGUAUACGGUUGGCGCCGAGGGUGCACAGGCACUUGCACGAGCGCUGGAGACAAACAGCACCGUCACCAAGAUCGCCUUCUUUAUGGCCCUGACCGACCUGCGUGGCGCCUAUGAAUUCGGUGCUGAGGGUGAAAAGGCCCUGAAGAGCAUCGAAGAAAGGACUGCGGCAAACAGAGCUUCUGCGCAGGCGUGA